CUUCAGGAGAGGCGUCUGUUUUCCAUCUCGCUGCGUAUAGCACUCUAGCUGCCCUCGCCAUGUAACGAAAGAGGUCUCCCUGCUCUUUUCUGACAUUAUUUGUUCACCAUCACAAUGGGUCCUUCUCAAAGGACUGUCCUGAUCCUGGAAUAUCUCCUGGCAGGACUGUGGCUGUCUUCUUGCCAGUCUUUACUCCCCACUAUUUUUCCAAACAAAGAUGAAAUGACUGUGCAGCUGAAUUCCCCCUUCACCCUGAAAUGCUCUGGGGACAGUGAACUGAGCUGGCAAUAUCCAACAACCGAUGGAAACGAUACCACCGAUAUCAGAAGUGAAGAGAACAACAGUGGCCUCUUUGUGACUUUGCUUGAAGUGGCAAAGGCUUCAGCUACUCACACAGGAUUAUACAUUUGUUACUACAAUCAUUCUCAAGAGGAAGAUGGGGAACUAGAGGGGAAGGAGAUCUAUAUCUAUGUGCCAGAUCCAGCGGUUCCUUUUGUUCCUACAACCCCAGAAGAUCACAUUAUCUUCAUCACUGAUGAAGACGAGUCUUCCGUCAUCCCUUGCCGCACAAGCGAUUGUAAUGCUCAAGUAACCCUCGUUAACAGUGAAGGAAAAACCAUAUAUGCCUUCUACGACAACAAACAGGGCUUCAUCGGAAACUUCUCUGCAGGCUCCUAUGUGUGCAAGACGACCGUGAAGGCAGCCGAGGUCCUUUCUAGUGAAUUUAUCGUCUAUGUUUACAGAGCUACUUCACAGCUUCCUGUUGAGAUUGGGUCCCUCAAGACUGUGUAUAAGACUGGAGAAACUAUUGAUGUAACUUGUGUGGUCUUUGAUAAUGAACUGGUGAACUUAGAGUGGAGUUAUCCAGGGAAAGUGAAUAACAAAGGCACGAUCACAGUUGAAGAUAUCAAAAUUCCAUCCCAGAAGCUGGUGUACAGCUUGAACAUCCCAGACGCGUCAGUAGAAGACACUGGGGAUUAUGAAUGCGCGGCCCAGCAUGUGACCAAUGAUGUUACAAAAACCCAAAAAAUAGUAAUCACAGUUCAUGAUAAAGGGUUCAUCCGCCUGGAACCCCAUUUUAGCCUCCUGGAAGAUGUCCACCUACAUGGAGUUAAAAACUUUGUAAUUGAUGUGUAUGCAUACCCAGCUCCCAGAAUGCUUUGGCUGAAGAACAACGUGACUUUGAUUGAGAAUCUCACAGAGAUAGUCACUAGUUCCAAGCAGAUGAGUGAAACAAGGUAUCGAGGUGUAUUAAAACUUAUUCGUGCCAAGGAAGAAGACAACGGAAACUAUACUCUUGUAGCUCAGAAUGAAGAUGAAAUUCAAAGAUAUACUUUCUCUCUGCUUAUUCAGGUUCCAGCUAUAAUUCAGCACCUGGAGGACGAUCAUCAUGGCUUGGCUGGGCAGACAGUAAGAUGCGUGGCAAAAGGGACACCCCUCCCCUAUGUGGAAUGGCUGGUUUGCAAAGACAUUAAAAAAUGCAGCAAUGAGAGCUCAUGGACACUUUUGACUAGUAAUAUCUCAGAUAUUACUAUGGAUGCUCACCUUGAUGAGAAAAGCACAGUGGAGAGCCAGGUGACCUUUCAGAAAGUGGAACAGACGUUGGCUGUUCGAUGCAUGGCAAGGAACGACCUGGGUACCGUUACACGGGAACUGAAGCUUGUGGCUCCUACUUUAAAAUCUGAACUGACCGUGGCUGCAGCAGUCCUUGUGUUGCUUGUGAUUGUAAUAAUUUCAUUGAUUGUCCUCGUAAUCAUAUGGAAAAAGAAACCAAGGUAUGAAAUAAGAUGGAGAGUCAUUGAAUCCAUCAGCCCCGAUGGCCAUGAAUACAUUUAUGUGGAUCCCAUGCAACUACCCUAUGACUCAAGAUGGGAGUUCCCCCGGGAUGGAUUAGUGCUGGGCCGGAUCCUUGGCUCUGGAGCUUUUGGGAAAGUAGUUGAAGGAACUGCAUAUGGAUUAAGCAGGUCUCAGCCAGUGAUGAAGGUGGCUGUGAAAAUGUUGAAGCCCACAGCAAGAUCCAGUGAAAAGCAGGCUCUCAUGUCUGAACUGAAGAUAAUGACUCAUCUUGGGCCGCACUUGAACAUCGUAAACCUGCUAGGAGCUUGUACAAAAUCAGGUCCCAUUUAUAUCAUUACGGAAUACUGCUUUUACGGAGACUUGGUGAACUACCUGCACAAAAACAGGGACAGCUUCCUGAGCCGAAAUCCAGAAAAAUUCAAGAAAGAUCUGGACAUCUUUGGAAUAAAUUCAGCUGAUGAAAAUACUAGGAGCUAUGUGAUCCUGUCUUUUGAAAAUAAUGGUGAAUAUAUGGAUAUGAAACAAGCCGAAACGACUCAAUAUGUGCCAAUGUUAGAAAGGAAAGAUAGGUCAAAAUAUUCUGACAUCCAAAGGUCUCUGUAUGAUCGGCCUGCUUCCUAUAAGAAGAAAUCUGUGUCAGAAUCAGAUGCAAAGAACCUUCUUUCUGAUGACAGUUCUGAAGAUCUCACUUUGUUGGACUUAUUGAGCUUCACUUACCAAGUUGCACGAGGAAUGGAGUUCUUAGCAUCUAAAAAUUGUGUGCACCGUGACUUGGCAGCACGUAAUGUACUCCUGGCUCAAGGAAAAAUUGUGAAGAUCUGUGACUUUGGUCUGGCUAGAGACAUCAUGCACGAUUCGAACUAUGUUUCCAAAGGCAGCACCUUUCUUCCAGUGAAAUGGAUGGCGCCUGAAAGUAUUUUUGACAACCUCUAUACUACAUUGAGUGAUGUCUGGUCAUAUGGCAUUCUGCUGUGGGAAAUAUUUUCUCUUGGUGGCACUCCCUACCCUGGCAUGAUGGUCGAUUCAACAUUCUAUAACAAAAUUAAAAGUGGCUAUCGAAUGGCAAAACCUGACCAUGCUACUAAUGAGGUGUAUGAUAUCAUGGUCAAAUGCUGGAACAGUGAACCUGAGAAAAGACCCUCCUUUUAUCACUUGAGUGAAAUAGUUGAAAAUCUGUUGCCUGGAGAAUACAAGAAGAGUUAUGAGAGAAUUCACUUGGACUUUCUGAAGAGCGACCAUCCUGCUGUCACACGCAUGAGAGCAGACUGUGACAACACCUACACCGGCGUCACUUACAAGAAUGAAGACAAACUGAAGGACCGAGAGAGCGGAUUCGAUGAACAAAGACUCAGUGCAGACAGCGGCUAUAUAAUACCCCUGCCUGAUAUCGACCCUGUUUCAGAUGAUGAACUUGGCAAAAGGAACAGGCACAGUUCCCAGACAUCUGAAGAAAGUGCCAUUGAAACGGGCUCUAGCAGUUCUACGUUCAUCAAGCGAGAGGACGGGACCAUUGAAGAUAUCGACAUUAUUGAUGACCUUGGAAUGGAUUCUUCAGAACUAGUUGAGGACAGCUUCCUGUAACUCUGAAGGAAAUGGUGGACAUCUUCGGAGCUACGAGAAAAAAAACACAAAAAAGAAGCUCAGCCUACAAUUCAUGGACUUUUUGACUGCUGAAGGAAAACCACUUUAAGAAUUUGCAAAAGAAGGUAAAGACUCGCAACGUCGGCUGAACUAAUUACGGGCACAAAGAUCUCAUCCUGGUUUGGAAAAUACCUUUGGAAACCAGCAUUCAAACGUUGCUUCUUGCAGUACUUCAGUCACAUCUCAGUAUUGUUUGCAGUUUUAAUAGCUAGGUGGAUAAAGAAAAAAGCCAUGGACAAUCCAGUCUAUGUUUCAAGGGCAUUCACGACUCAGAUGGAUAAAAUUCCCACUAUGGUGAAACGUCACCAAUGUAACUGUGUAAAUACGUGUCCUUACCAGGAUAUUUUGUGUUGUGUAUGGAACAUACUUUUUUUCCUCUAGAAGACCACUUAAGAUUUUACGUAUUUUUUCCCUUCAGUCUCGUCACAAGCUGCUGUUGAAUUAUCUCAUGAGAUGAAGUACAUGCAAACAAGAAACCACUUUUGAAACUCAAAGGAAUUGGUACCGGAUUACACCUUACCUUUCACAGAUAAUGCAAAUAAAUGGAAACUUCAGACAUUUCCAAACCUUAUACAAUAGUUUAGUAAACCUAGUGACUCUUAAUAACCAUAGAGGAAUAGCUGUUUACCUAUUACUACUGGCCUCAGUAUCACUAAGUAUAGUUUAUAACUACUCUUUGUCCUUCAUUAAAAACAGUUUUUAGAAGAACUUUACUAAUGAACUAAAGCAUUUUCUGAUUUACAAAAAACAACUGUUCUAUUUGAUUGGUGAAUUAAAACUAGUUUAGUUUGUAGGAAAAGUAUUCUGUGGAAUCCUGACAUAAUUUUCCAUCCCUUAGUAGUAUGGCUUUCCUAAUAUGACAGAUUUAUAUUGCUAGAGAAUCCUCUUUUGAUUCAGUGGAACUUUUAAACAGUAGUUUCUGUUUUUAAUUUCCCAUUUGCCACCAGGUUUCUCCAGUUAUGGUACAAUGGAUGCAUGACUAAUAAAUCAAUAGCAAGUCCACUGGGAUCAUUCAAGAAAUAUACUGCACAUCUGAAAGUUUAUUUUGGGUUACAUGUGACUUAUUGGUUUGGUAUGCCAAAUAUGCUUUCCAAAAAAGCUACUUUUCUCAGCCUGGGAUUUACAAUUAAGUAUGUAGCCGCUUUGCAAGAGAUAUUCUAGCUUUCAUUAUCAAAUUUUAAGAGAAUAGAAAUUUGAUCUGUUGUCCUUGUCAUGUCAGCUCAUCAAGGGCAACAACAGGAAUCUUUCAUAGCCUCUUUAGUGGGCCUUGAAUCAGGAAUAAAACAAUUGUUUAAGGGCCUCUUCACACAUUUUUAAAACCCUGUAUCUAAAAAUAUAAAGCAAAUGUAAUAGCUAGGGUGUUUGAAAACGCCCAUGUAUUAUACAAUUGCCCUGGGUAGGAUGAUCGGAGCACCUGCAGUUCCCUGUAGAGCUUAUGUUCAUUAACAAUCCUGGCCAUGUUGUGUGUGAAACGGCCCGAAGAUCAUUGAAUCCUGUAUGUGUUUCAUUACAAAGAGUUUUCUACCAGCUCUUUCUUAAUCUGUAUUUCUUCUGUUUCUGAUAGAGCAUCUGUGUGGCAGCUGUUUUAUGAUUUAGGCUGUGACAUUGUCAUUAUCUGUGGGACUCCUUAACUGGAAUCAAUCCCGCGGAGCAUAGUAACUGGGAGAGUGUAAUCCGCAAAAGAGAUUCCAUAAUUUUCAUUAUCGUCAUAGAAGUGUCAGAGGCUUGAAGCCAAAUUCCUCAGUCCUACCCGUUGCUCACUGGUAAGGAAAGUCACAUGUUCAGAAUCUAUUACUACUACACAGGGCUUUUUUUCUGGGAAAAGAGGUGGCGGAACUCAGUGGGUUGC